CGCUGUUCCACGGAUUUCAGAAUUUGGAUUUGCUUGCUCGGAAUUAUUCGAUAGUACAAAAAUUGCUGUGAGUUGGAUAAUCGUGUUCGAGCGUAGCACGCAUGUCGAGUUUUAGCCAAAAUAUCGUAUUCACGGUCAAUCAGCCGUCUUGAGUUUUCGCUCCGCGCGAGAUAAACAAACGGGAAUGUAGGCCAUGGCGAAAAUCUUACUCUAUUUAAAUUCGCAAAGUGUUGAGUGUACAGUGUUUUUGAAUUAAAUAUAAUAAUGGAAAUAGUGGACGUAGAAGACGGCCAGCCUGAUGUUACAGCAACGACGAGAAAGAAGAGUUUAUGGGCUAAAAUAAAUAACAGGACGACAUACAGUUACUUGUUCAACAUAGUCGUGUCGAUUUUGAUUUUAACAUGUUUGAUUUUCGCCCUGUAUUUUUUUAAGGAGUAUUUAAAGACGAUCUUGUAUUGGGUAGACGCGCAGGACCCUAAGAUAAUAUUUUUGCUGUUCAUGGGACUGUUUUUGAUAGUGAGUUUUCCAGUGACUAUUGGCUAUCUAGUGUUAAUUAUAACUAGUGGUUACUUGUUCGGUAUUAUCAAGGGUUUGGGUACAGUGGUAGUGAGUGCGAACUUCGGUGUGGCAGUGGCCCAUUUCACUCUAAAGAUGAUGAGGAGCUACUUGCCCCUUGAUAGACUUUUGAAGAAUGAAACUGCAAGAGCACUCCUCAAAGUGAUCUCUGGACCUCAAGCAUUCAAGAUCGUGUUUUUCGCAAGACUGACCCCAAUACCUUUUGGUCUACAGAACACAAUAUUUGCAGUGAGCGACGUCCGCGGCUGGGGCUACCACCUGGCAACGCUGCUGGGUCUGCUGCCAGCGCAGGUCAUCAAUGUGUACCUCGGCUCGACUCUCCGCUCCAUGCACGACGUCCUGCACAAGUCACACGUGACGGGAUAUAUCGUGUUCGCUUUCCAGAUACUCAUAGGCGUCACGCUGAUGGUGUGGGUGGUUCAGAAGGCGCGAAAAGAGCUGACAAUCGCCAUCAUGGCCGCCGAGUUGGGCCGCGACACUCUCUCUACCAGCAGCUCCUCGAGCUAGCCCACAGCCCCACUGUCUGACGUGGACAUAGGCAGCGACAGCUAGGGCCAGCUCCCCGGGUGCUUCGCCCGGCAUUGUGAGACUUAUGUGUGAUAGUGUAGGACUUUUCCAUGAUCCUCGAAGGAACGGUGCAAGCGAAACUGAGUUUUAUUGUUACGCACUCAAAGUUUCCAUUUCAGUGAUCGACGCACUCGUGACUCCGCAAGUAUGCGGUUCGGAGCAGUUCGAGUGCUAUACGCCGUGCAAGCCAAUAUUAUGUGACUUUUAUACCUAUAAGUAUAUAAAGUCGCAAACUGUGAUAUUAACGUUAUGUACAGAUUGUAGAAGGAUAGACGGUAGCGUUUCUGUUCCUAAUUUAAAUUUCUACUUAUAUUAAAACCAAUCUGUCAAAGUGACAGAAUAGUCUUGAUACUUGUAUUUAUUUCUUUUAUUGCUCAAUAAUUUGAUAUCGCAACGGGGCAAUGAUGUUACGGUAAAUAGUCUGGCAUAAAAGUGAAGAAAUUAAAUAGUGGCAACA